CACUGGAUCCAACAACCGAGGCAAUUCCCAAAACCUGAAAAUGGCGGAAGUGAAAAAUAAAUCCAUUCUUAUUCUUUUCUGCAAAAUUUUGUAGCAGGACUACAAAUGUUGAAGUUUUGCUUGCGUUAUAGAAAUUACUUUUAUCAUAAAAAGCUUCAAUUUUUAUUUAGAAGGUAGCAAUAGAAAAUGCAGACUAUUCCCAGAUGGCGUACGUUAUUGAUUUCAAGAAAUUCAAUUGCUUUUUCAUCAACCCAAUUUGCUUAUUUGCAUUCUACUCCAAUUUGCAAUGAGAAGAUAAAACGGAAAUCUGACUUCAAGGGCGGGAAUCAGAACUCCAGAGAUGGUAAUCAGAGCUUCAAGGGAGCCCAACAAUCAUCUAAAAAUUAUGUCCGUUUUCUGACACGUCAAAAACGAGCUGAUACAAAGAAGGCACUUUGGAAUCUUGUUGAAAAUUAUGUGGUGUCUGGAACUCCUAUUCGGAAUGACGUACCGUUCUCAAAAGCUUCUGAUGCAAUUAGCCAAAAUGCUAAAAUUGUCAACAGUUCAAAGACUUCAACAAAGAAAGGAAGAUUUAAAAACGUCGUUUGUCCGAAGAGUCCUAAAAAGAAAGCCCAUGUUUUCAGAGACUCUUACUCAUCAACUCCUCCAAAGAAAAGAAAUGUUAAGAAAGACUCUGCUGAGAAGAUCCACAAACAUCGAAUGAAACGUAUGUACCAGAAAAGACAUGCAUCAAACGACGAUGAUGAACAUCCUGAAACUGUCUUUCAUGCAACUUUUGGAGAUAGAGCGUACACAUGGUCUUUUAAUUCAUGGACCGGCACUUCUCAACAAUCAACUACUAGAUUUGACUGGGGAGAAUUUUUUCACCGUACAAGUGAUCAUCAACAACGAUGGCAGGCGUCACAUGAAUCUGAUUCUGAAAGUGAGGUUUAUAGUGUAGGUUUACGCUCAGAGAGAGUGAUACUUGGUCUGCCGCAAAAUGGGGCUCUAAAACUGAAAGAUGUGAAAAAUGCUUUUCACUUGUCGGCACUGAAGUGGCAUCCUGAUAAACAUCAAGGCCCAUCACAGGCUGCUGCAGAAGAAAAGUUUAAACUGUGCGUGAGUGCAUAUAAUUCACUGUGUAGUGCGCUGUCGGGAAACUGAGCUGUUCUGUUUAGACUUCAAUGGCAACAUACAGCUUUCCUAGUAUUUAUAUUAUCCAUAACUUAAUUCGGGAAACCAGCUCCGAUGUAGACGUGUACAAUAUAUAAUAAGCUCCCGAGUUUCAUGAUUUUGCAUAACCGUCAUGCCCACAGGAUGCUGCAUUCCAAUCUGCAACAAGCACAACUGAUGGCGGACUUUGCAUCGUCAAUUUAGAUCGUUCUUGGUGCCGUAUGGACUAAGAAAUCCACUUUAAAGCCCCCCACAACAAAUAUGUAUCAAUUUGUUUUAGCUCUUUAGUCCGGCCCUGUUUACAAUAUCUGUUAAUUUCUCUGAAUUCUCAUACUCAUGCUAUCUUUUCUGUAUUUUUUGCGAAAGAUGGAGACAGGGAGAAAUUGAUUACACAAAUGAUAAUAGAUGACCAUUGCUACUUCAUUCUUCACAUGUAUAUAUAUCUUCAAACAAAAAAGAAUCUGGAUACAAGUCCAUAACCAAAGAACCAUUCCCGGAUCCAAACCCUUCCUGUACAACCAAACCUUAGACGUACACUUUAAAUCCAGAGUCAUGAGUAAAACCCAAACAUAGACUCAUACCUUUAUUAAAAAUUUCUCAUACUUCAAUUCAAACCUUAAAUGAUUAAUUAUGAUCAGUUAUAAUAAAAUUCAACUUUAACCUUAAAUAUAUCAAUUAUGAUCUUAAGUAGAUCAUGUAUUGAAUGCAUAUUGAGAAAAAUUAUAAUUGUGUUGAUUUGGCUAUCCGUCUCAUAUUAAGACCGUAUCGCCCAAGGCCAACUGUUAUUAAAAAAUUUUCUUAGUUUCGGUAAUUUUUUUUUUGGAAAAAAGGUUAUUAAAUUAAAAAUUUCCUUUUUUUAACACAAAUUCUUAUGAGAGACAAUCUAUAAUUGAGCCGGCACAUUAUAUAUUUUUAUAAAAUAUUAUAAGUAGGUAUUCAGAAUGAUGUAAGUAAACAUAUAAGAUAUUGAAAAUAGACAUUAAAAAUAUAAUAAGUAAACAUUAAGGAUAAUGUAAGUAGAGAUUUAAGAAUACGAUAUUAAUAAGAUUUAGCGGUUUUGUUAAAACUCUAAACCCCUAACUCAAAGUCCAAAUCCAAACUUAAUUAACUUUAUAAAGCCCUCCCGUUUCUCUUCUUCUCUCAAAAUUUCAUCUCUCGCCAGUCUCCUCCCCUCACCGGAGACCCGUCGUCACUCUUCACUUGGAGUUCUCUGUGACCUGUGAGCCUGUUACGCUGUUCGCAAAUCGCAAGGCCCCACUACUGCUGCUGCCGCCUGACUGCACCUGCUGCGGUGAAGACCACCCACGGCCACCGUGACCAACCCACCUUCAAUUCAGUUUCAG